UGGCCCAGAACGGGGAGGGUGACACCCAAGGCUGGGCAGGCUCCAGGGAGCUUGUGGGCCUGGUGUCUGGGAUGCCGCAGCUGAGCCUGUCCUGGCUGGGACUGGGGCCCUGGGCAGCCUCUCCUUGGCAACUCCUGCUCUUGGCCGGGGCCUCCUGGUUCCUGGCCCGCAUCCUGACCAGGAUCUACACUUUCUAUGACAACUGCUACCGCCUCCGAUGCUUCCCACAGCCCCCCAGACGGAACUGGUUUUGGGGUCACCUGGGCCUGGCACAGAACAAUGAAGAAGGCAUGCGGCUGGUGGAGGAGCUGGGCCACUGCUUCCGUGAUGUCCACCUCUGGUGGAUCGGGCCCCUCUACCCCGUCCUGCGGCUUGUCCACCCUAAGUUCGUUGCCCCCCUGCUCCAGGCCCCAGCUAUGGUUGUACCCAAGGAAAUGGCUUUCUAUGGCUACCUGAGACCCUGGCUGGGGGAUGGGCUCUUGCUGAGUGCCGGUGACAAGUGGAGCCACCGCCGGCGCCUGCUGACACCUGCCUUCCACUUCAACAUCCUGAAGCCCUACAUGAAGAUUUUCAACCAGAGUGUGGACAUCAUGCAUGCCAAGUGGCAACGACUGAUCUCAGAGGGCAGCUCCCGUCUGGACAUGUUUGAGCACAUCAGCCUCAUGACCUUGGACAGUCUGCAGAAAUGUGUGUUCAGCUUCGACAGCAAUUGUCAGGAGCAGCCCAGUGAAUAUAUUGCCGCCAUCUUGGAGCUCAGUGCCCUCGUAACCAAACGGCAGCACCAGAUCUUCCUGUACUGGGACUUCCUGUACUACCUCACUCCUGAUGGGCGCCGCUUCCGCAGGGCGUGCGACCUGGUGCACGACUUCACAGAUGCGGUCAUCCAGGAGCGGCGCUGCACUCUGGCUGCCCAGGAUGUCGAUGACUUCCUCGAGGCCAAGGCCAAGUCUAAGACUGUGGACUUUAUUGAUUUGCUCCUGCUGUCCAAGGAUGAAAAUGGGAAGAAGUUGUCAGAUGAGGACAUACGAGCGGAGGCUGACACCUUCAUGUUUGGAGGCCAUGACACCACGGCCAGUGGUCUCUCCUGGGCCCUGUUCAACCUGGCAAGGCACCCGGAAUACCAGGAGCGCUGCCGGGGGGAGGUGCAAGACCUGCUGAGGGACCGUGAUCCUAAAGAGAUUGAGUGGGACGACCUGGCCCAGUUGCCCUUCCUGACCAUGUGCAUCAAGGAGAGUCUGCGGUUGCACCCCCCAGUCACAAUCAUCUCCCGCUGCUGUACCCAGGACGUUGCCCUCCCCGACGGCCGGGUCAUCCCCAAAGCGUUGACGCUGCUGCGCUUCCGCGUCCUGCCCGACGACACCGAGCCGCGCAGGAAGCCCGAGCUGAUCCUGCGCGCCGAGGGCGGGCUCUGGCUUCGUCUGGAGCCGCUGAGCGCGGGUGCGGAGUGACCUCAGAGAGUUGUCCUGGGACACAACACCCGCCCACCCACCUUUGCAGAUUCCCAGCAAUAAGAUGGUGAUCGCCUGUGCUUGAACUUUACCGAGCGCCAGC